AUGACCUCAUCUACCUUUGCAGAUUUGCCCAUUCCCAGCCAUAAGCCCGCCACCCGAGCUCUCGGAACCAGUCCCACAAAUGAUAUAGCAGCAGUGCAGGCGUUCCCGAAGGACUUCGCACAUCGCAAUGACUGUCCGAGGGGAGUUAGGCACUUAGAGAUGCGAGCACCUCGUAGAUCAUCCCCAACGUCUGUGCACGUGUUCGGGAAAAGGAUCGUCAGAUGUGAGAUUGGCGGAGGUGCAUAUGACUAG